AUGUCGUCGAUGUCUUCGAAGUGAGUUUGAUACUGCAGUUAAUUUAGAGACAUAUUCCAUCUAUAUUUUAUUUUUCUUAAAAAAAUUUUUGGAUUUUUAUAUUGUUUUAGCCAUUUUUGAUGGAAAUUCGGAAAGUAGCGAUAUUUGAGGUGUUUUGAAGACGAUUUUUGAUGUGAUUCAUAAUUUUCAGCCUGCAAAAUUUAAUCUUUUUGAUUUUUUUUCAAAACCAAAAACAAAAGUGCGUAAUAUGAAAGUCAAAUUCGAGCCCUAGUCGAAGAUUCCACACCUCAAUUCCCUUGGUUCUUGUCUUUGCAAACAAAGAGUGACCAAAAAAAGGAGACAAACCUCAAGACGAGUUCUCUCUCCCAUUUCUUUGAUAAGGACUCCGAUUGAUUGGGACUACCAGUGAAGUGAUUCAUUUCCCAAAAAACUUUUUUUCAAUGCUCUUAAAACUUGACUCAUUUCCAGCCAUUGAUAAGAUUGUGGGAUAUAAGUUUUUUAUGGCGUUUAUGUUCGAGCUCGGACCUCACCUUUAUCACGUGAUAAAUGACGAGGAAUUGGGCUUUUUGGCGGGGUUUUUUUGAUUUUUAAAGGUUGUUUUAGUAAAAAAUUGAUCUUUUUUGGCUAAAGUAAUAUAUGAUUUUUGGCCUUGAAUGGCUGUAUAGUUGCUUUGCACGGAAAAUUUGCCAAAAUUUUUUGAUUUUUAAAAAAUUUUAAGUUUUUCUCCCAAAAAUUUCCAAAAAUUUUUUUUCAGCAACAUGUCGACGACAGAGAUAGACGACGCGACAUCAGAUGGGUCAAAACCGAAUCUAGUCGACUUUUACAUCGGACUUGGACUUGCGGUCUCGUCCUCGAUCUUCAUUGGUUCCUCAUUUAUCAUCAAGAAGAAAGCUUUAAUUAAACUCGCCACAACAUAUGGUGGUGCUCACAGGGCGUCAGAAGGCGGGUACGGGUACCUCAGGGAAUGGUCUUGGUGGUUAGGAAUCUUGACAAGUGAGUUUUGCUGAUUAAACACGGUUUUGUUUAUAUUUUUCAUAAACAUGUCAUGGAUAAUAUAAAAAAUUUCGGUUUUGGUAAAUCACGUUGAAUUUUGUUGCCUAUCUUGACUGAUUAUUUAAUUUCAGUGGGCGUUGGAGAAGCCUGCAACUUUGCGGCGUACGCAUUUGCACCAGCAUCGUUGGUUACACCUCUCGGUGCACUAAGUGUGUUAGUAACGUAAGUUAAUUUGCUUUUAUUUUUGAUUCGAAAUUUAGAGCGGUAUUGUCGUCAAGGAUGCUGAAUGAACGUCUGAAUCUGCUGGGAAAGAUUGGUUGUGCCAUUUGUUUGUUAGGAUCAACAACGAUUGUUAUUCAUUCACCGAAAGAAGAAGAGGUCUCGACGAUGGAGGAUCUCGCUCUUAAAAUGAAAGAUGCAGGUACGAAAUGGACAAAGGAGGGUCGGAGUUUAUUUUGCGCUAGAUUGGCUGGGGUUUUGAUCAAAAUUUAUCCGUUUUUUCGUGGGAUUUUCACGAAGUUUCAUUUCUUUGGCCGUCUUUUUCUGGACUUUUUGCGAUUUUGUGGUUGUCUGAAUGGAUAUGGGCAUAGGAAGUUUUGAUAUUACUAUCAUUUAACUUGAUGGAUUUUUUAGCAAUGUAUCAUCUCCAAGGAUAGCUAAAAUUUUAUAUUAUUUUAGCCAUUCCCCCUAUAUUAUCCAUGUUUUAGUAUUCAUCCUGUAUGUAACGGCUGUGAUCAUCCUCGUCCUCACCAUUAUCAUCUAUGUAGCCCCCAAGUAUGGUCGUUCGAAUAUCCUGGUGUUUAUCGCGGUUUGCUCCCUGAUGGGAUCAUUGUCAGUCAUAUCAGUGAAAGGCCUCGGCCUGGCCAUCAAGGAAAGUUUGGGUGGAAAACAACAGUUCACGAAUAUGUUGACAUGGUUCUGGCUAUUGUCGGUUGCAAUAUGUGUAUCAAUUCAGAUGGUGAGUGAUUUUAAAGGGAUUUUUUGGGGGUCUUGGGUGUUGUAGUAGGUAAAAAUUUAUAUUUUUUGUUGAGAAAUGGAUUAGAAAGGUGGGUAUUUAGAUGGAGAUAACAUUUUGGGAUGCUGGAUGGAGUUUUGGAGGAUUUAAAUAUAAUUGGAGGAAUUUUUUAUAUUGUACAUGAGCUUGAAAAUUGAUAAAGUUGGUCUUGUCAUAAGAUAUAUAGGUGAAGAAGGUGGCAAAUGUGAUGAAGGCGAAGGUAGAGGGCUCUGUUAGGAGUUGGAAGCGUUUUUGAGACAUCGAGAAAAAAAAUUUUAUAUUGUGCAUGCCAUAAAUAUAUAUUUUUUCCAGAUCUACCUCAACAAAUCUCUGGAUAUCUACAACACUUCGAUGGUGACUCCAAUCUACUAUGUGUUCUUCACGACGCUAGUAAUUCUGGCCUCGGGUAUCCUCUACAAGGAAUGGUCUUGCCUCGGAGCGUCGGAUGUGAUAGGAAAUGUGAUCGGGUUCCUCACAACAAUCAUCGGGAUAUUCCAAAUGCAGUUGUUCCGAGAUGUAGAGCUCCCGAUCCGAAGAUUCCGCCUCCUAGUCCAUAAUCAAUCCUUAUCAGUGAACCAGUUGGAUCUGCUGGAUUCGACCCAGUCCCUGGUCGAUUAUUACGACCAGAACAACCCCGACGCCGCUCCCCGCGACUACCGAUCCCGCUCACAACUCACCGAAGAUGCCUAG